CACCACCGCGCCAUGCCUCUUCGGCCACCAUGGCCUCGCUCCUCUCCCACCUGCUCGUCGUCGCGCUGCGCCUCGCGCUCUUCGCCGCAUGUCGCACCUUGCUGCUGCCUCUUCUCUUCGGCGAGGCGCGCCAUGCCUCGCUCGAUCUAGUCGACGACGACGACGACGGCGCCUCUCUCGCGCCCGCCGAGGUGCCGCUGCGCACGCUGCCCUCGCCCGCCACGGCGUCGCGGCGUGCCGGCGCAGCCGCAGCCGCACACACUCGCUCCUCCUCCUCCACCGCACCACAGCUGCUCUUCAACCUCGUCGCGCCACACUCUGCCUCGGCGCUGCUCUUCGCCCUCUCCUUUGAGGAGUCCAGCCUGCUCUUUCUCCUCGUGCUCCUCGAGGCUCUCGGCCUCGACGGCCGCGUGCUGCGCGCACACUGGCGCCUCUCCCUCCUCGCCGUCCUCGCACUCGCCGUGCUCUUGAUUCCCCUCGGCAUCUGUGCGCUCUUCACUCUGCGCGUCGACACUGCCUCUCCUCUCUCGCGUCGCAUUCUCUGGGCUAUGCUGCCCUUUCUCGCCUGGCUGGCUCUGUUCCUGCGCGUGCCCUUGCCCAGCGCCAUGGCUUCCGUCUCCUCCCUGCUCGACGCCGCCCUUGCGCGCACCGCCGUGCUGGGCGUCACGCUCAUCGCGCUCCUCUCCGGCUCCGCCGCCGCUGCCUCUGCAGUCGACACGUGGGACGCCUUCUUCAACAAGCAUCCCCCGCGUCCGCCGACGGCGCAGGACGAACGCACGGCGCACGAGAGCUAUGUGCGCGCAAGACAGGAUCUCAAAAUGAGGAAAGAGGCACUGGCGGCGCUGAGAGCUAGACCGGACGAGGAGCAGCUGGGCUUGUUGGGCAGGAUUUGGGGAGGCACUAGCAGAGAUAAAGAAGCCGCCUCUCUAACGAGCGAAAUCACGGGCCUCGAGAUGCUAGCGCGCGCCAUGCGAGACGACUACGAUGUCAUUCUUUCCCUGCGUCGCGCUGCCCAAUGGUCUCGCACGCUGCACGGACGUUUUCUUCUCUUCCUCGGGCAUUGCUUCUCCCUCUACUGCCUCUGGCGCUGCUUCUCCGCGCUGCUCAACCUCAUCCUCCUGGGCUACUCGGACGCGGCGCCGCCCGACUUUGUCGCGUGGGGCAUUGCCCAUCUCUUUGCCCUCUUCAACGCCCACGUCGAUCUGCAGAUGUGGACGCGCCAGAUCAGCCUCCUCUUUGUGGGCGCCCUGAUUGCGCUGAGGAUGAGAGUGGUGCUGAGUGGCCUGGGAGCGUUCUUCAGAGCGGCAAGCACAGGCGUCAGCACUGGCUUUCUCAUUCUCUUCCUCGCCGAAGUCCUCACGAUCUACCUGCUCGCCACGCUGAUCCAGCUGCGCACCGCCCUGCCGCCGAGCUUCUCCGUCGGCGACGGCGUCGGCGCUGGCAGUGCACAGCAGCCGCUCCCGCCGCUCCUCUCCACGCUGCCGAGCUUCGCCGUCGUCUUUGGCGCCCUCUUUGACGCCGGCUUCUUGCUCUCGGCCCUGGCGACGGGCCUGCAUCGCUACAUUACACGCGGCGACUCUGAGCCCGUGUUUGGCCGACGAUGAAGGUUGAGGGGGGCGAGGGGGCAACGCAAUACACACGUCACAAAC